CAGGAGGUGAUAAACAAGAAGUUCAGCAGGCAACGCCAGUAGCAGCAUCACCCAGAGGAGGCCGAGCAAGCCUGGAGGAGCGGAGGCAGCGACUCCGCCUUCCUUGCCGCUCUUUGCCUUCCAUCCUCCUCCUCCCGUCUCUCUCAGAGAGGCGGAUCCGGGCUGACCUCACCGUCUGCAAUGGAAGGAGCACACCACCCGGCUAGGGAGAGCCCCAAUCCCGCCACGCAGACAACGGCGGCGGCUGACCCGCGAUCUUGCUACUCCAGCCUCUUGAACCGCUUUAAGGAAAAACUCUUCACUUGGCACAUUGUGAAAACGCUUGCUCUGGGUCAGAUGCUCUCUUUGUUCAUAUGUGGGACUGCUGUUACCAGCCAGUACUUAGCCGAUAAGUACCAUGUCAACACACCGAUGCUACAGAGUUUCAUCAACUACUGCUUGCUUUUCCUUGCAUAUACCACAACGCUGGCCUUCAGGAAAGAUGGGGACAGCAUCUGGCAGAUUCUGAAGAGGAAAUGGUGGAAGUACAUUUUGCUCGGACUGGCUGAUGUUGAAGCUAACUAUGCCAUUGUAAAAGCCUACCAGUAUACCACCCUAACAAGUGUCCAGCUCCUAGACUGCUUUGGGAUUCCUGUGUUGAUGGCUUUAUCGUGGUUCAUCCUCCAUGCAAGAUACAAACUGAUCCAUUUUAUUGCUGUUGCUGUCUGCCUGUUGGGUGUAGGGACCAUGGUCGGUGCAGAUAUAUUGUCUGGGAGGCAAGAUGGUGAAGGAAGUGACGUGGUGAUCGGAGACGUCUUAGUCCUCCUUGGUGCUUCGUUGUAUGCUAUUACGAAUGUGAGUGAGGAAUACAUUGUGAAAAAUCUGAGCAGAAUGGAGUUUCUAGGAAUGGUGGGCUUGUUUGGGACUAUUAUCAGCGCUCUGCAGCUAGCUAUUGUGGAACAUAAAGACAUAGCUAAUAUUAACUGGAAUUGGAAAAUUGCGUUGCUGUUUCUGGCUUUUGCCUUGUGUAUGUUUGGGCUGUACAGCUUCAUGCCAAUAGUGAUAAAAGUUACCAGUGCAACGUCUGUCAACUUGGGCAUUCUGACAGCAGACCUCUACAGUCUUUUCUUUGGACUCUUCCUGUUUGGCUACAAGUUUUCAGUGCUCUAUCUCCUGUCAUUUGUGGUCAUCAUGGUGGGUUUCGUCAUGUAUUGCUCCAUGCCAACCCGCACAGCAGAGGCUGUCUCAACAAGCUUGCCGCUGGCACCCAGCAAUGGCUUUGACAACCUUGCCUUAAAAAUGGAGGAGAACCAUCUGGAUGCAGCUGUCAUCUCACCUGUACAGUGUAACGAAGAAGAAAGCCAGGCAGGAGAAACAUCACUGGGUACACGGGUGCAAGUCUUAUGAAAUGUUGAGCCUUUCAGCUGCCAACAUUACUUUGGAAAUGUCAGUAAACAAGAGAUAAUGAGCAUUAUGUUGUGUAGGGGUGGAUAAACCGGAGAGAUACCUGUGGUGGAAUCUGUGCUCACGCCAAAGUCUGGAAUUUCACUGCAAGAUAAUGAGGGGCUGGAUCUUUAGUUGAGUCGUCCGUAUUAAGUCACAUCCAUGGAAGAUCUGGCCUUAAUUCUGACAGCAGAAUAGACAUAUAGAGGCUAUCGGGGAGUGACUAAUGUGCAUAGCUGUGUGCGCUGUAGAAAGCAGGAUCUACACUCAAGAUAACCAAAUUGUGCUCAGAAAAAAUGAAUGGUUUAAUCCAGGUAUUUUCUUCAGCCCCAAACUUUAUAUUUCCGAGGACUGUGCAACUGUUUGACAAGAACCUAGUUGACAAAAGGAAAACACAUAGUAUGGGGUGAUAGCCCAGUAGGAUCAGAGAGGCUUGAAACUGGCAAGGAGACACAGCUGUGAAGGAAAUUGGAUCUCCACCUUCAGACCACUGUAAAGCCCUAUGCAAUUACUUCUGGUUUUAUAACCUCAUCCAGUCCCUUGAGGACUAGAAAUUUUUUUUUGUGGGGGGAGGGAAGAAAUGGACCACCAUAUCUUGCUCUUGCAUAGUUGACCUGCAGACUACACACUCCCUGCACAUCUUUGCAGUAAUUUCAUUUGCAUACUCAGAGACCAGUAUAAUUACACUCCGUUAUAGGCAAACAAUGACAGGCAACAUAGUUGCUAAAGCAGUGAUGCUAAUGAAGCAGCCCGACAGCUGUUUUGUGACAACUGCUCUGGGCUCCUUGGAGGAAGAGCGGGAUAUAAAUGUAAUAAAUAAAUAAACUGCUGAAUUAAAGGAUGCUCUGAGCCUUCCACCUGCCUAACACUAGCACAUUUUUCUUCCUUGAAUUAUCUCAUCCUUUUAAAAAAAGAUAUUGGAUAUACCUUGGACCAUGCUCCUUCUGGUGGUCAGCAGGUAAACUGUAUAUAUUAACAUGUUUGUGGGAAGAAAGCCUCUGUGUUGAUCAGCUCUUCGAAAAAAACAAAGAUAGCUUUUGAGCUCCCCGUCGUUUGCAUCUUUAAAUCCAUUACCUGAAGAACUUCUUGUACCUCUGCGACUACAUGUUAUGGUUCCAGGACCUAACUAUGAUCUACAAGCCUUAUUGUAAGCAAGUAUAUAACUGAACCAUGAGAAACAUUUGUAUCCUGAUCUAACUAGGGGCUGUACAAUGCAUGGGAACUGAUCUUCAUGCAGAUGUUCCUGCCUGGAUGGAGAAUUGCAUGCACAGAAGGUUGCUGUGUACACAAUUCCAAAAUCCAGUCUAGCGGCAAAUCUAAUUAGAGUAGGGCUGUGCACAACUUUGGCCCUCUGGCUAUUGUUGGACUACAACUCCCAUCAUCCCCAGCUACAGUGGCCAAUAGUCAGUAAUGAUAGGAGCUGUAGUGGUAUAACCACAGCUGGAGGGCUGAAGUUGUGUAGCUCUGCAUUAGAUAUGUUGAAUACUGCUGAUCAGCCCUGUGGAAUGUGGAGUGGAGGCUAGGUUCCUCCUGUCUUUAUCUUUCUACCGUUCAAGCUGAUUGCUCCCAGGUUUGAUUUAGUGCAGUAUUGGCAGUUCUUCUACACAUUCCAACGAUGCUUUAGUGCAGAGAUAUUCAGCGGAAGGUCAUGUGCCCCCAACCAUCACUCAGACAUCCUUCCCGCUUUGAUAUCAGAUAAUCAGCCCUGACAGUGCUGAUCACCAUCAUGCUGAUUUCAGGCCAAUCUGGAUUUAAAGUUUUGCCUCCAAACUUAAUGUCCCUCCUACUGAAUGGGCCUGGUCUUGAAUGACUAAAGGUGAAUCUAGUCUGGGCCAGUAACCUAUUGUGAAAAAGGGUUUAAGACUCCAGCUUGAUGGCUCUGUCCCUUCCAUUACAAUAGGCAAGAGACUGCAUUCAUUCAGUAGCAAAAGGGUUGAAUGUCGCCCAUUCAGAGCACUUCAGGUGCAGUGGCAGAUAUGCUCAGUGAUGGAGAUCUGCGUUUUGCCACAUCCACAGAAUCAGUGCUCACAGAGCUAGCAAUCUUGUUCGGUAACAUGCACAUGGUGUAGAAGCUCUGUGCACACUCUUUGGUGUUGGAUAUGUGUUUUUGUUCCAUUUCCACUUGGUACCACUUCCACUUGGUACCCAGAAACCUGGAUUGGAAGACAGAUCCACAAAUGCAUCCCAAAAAUGGAGGCAAGGUGAUAUCUUGCUGGAUCAGGCAAUUCUAGUUCAAGAUAACUAGGACUGCCCCAAUCCCACCUUGUCUCCUUUUCACAUUGCAUUCCCAUGCAUAAGCUGCUAGUAAGAUGGUUCCCACCAUUACAGCAUCAACUGUAGCAAUUAUCAUACUUCAGCUUUUCUGUACUGCUUGUUCUCUAGCUUUGAUAGAAAACCGCAAAGAUGCCCUAGAAAGGUUUUUUCUUUCUUAGUGGGCCCAAAGCAGUUUGAGUGGAUAUUCUUAGGCAGUGUUCAAGCAAAGCAGUCUUUGAGGUCAUUCACACAAAUCAAAAACUAUGUUCUACCUGGGUUUGGGAACUAUGUGUGCUCCCAAAUCCUGUUUAUGUGGAAGCAAGGUAGGAGGAAAAGCUGGGUAGAAGUGAUUGUGUGGAAGCAAGGUAGGAGGAAAAGCUGGGUAGAAGUGAUUGUGUGGAAGCAAGGUAGGAAGAAAAGCUGGGUAGCUUUUCCUCCUACCUUGCUUCCAGAAAACCAAAAUUGGGAGCACACACAACUGCCAAACUCGGGUAGAACACAGUUUUUGCUUGUGUAAGUGACCGUAUUCUGUAUUAUCUCAAUAAUGAAGGAUUUUUCUAGGACAUCCUUGGAAGUUUCCUCUUCUGUUGUUUCUACACUAGUACUCUCCUUUUUGUUUUCUAGCUGUGCCAUGAUGAUGAUGAUAAUUAUUAUUCGAUUAUUCAAUGAUGAUGAUGAUGAUUGGUUUUUAACAGUGAUUCAAACUCAUCACUCUUCAGAAUAGAUCAUGUGUAGCACAGCAAUGGAGUUAUUUUAAAGCUAUAUUCUUGACCAAUGGAAACUUACAGAGUUUGACUAGAAUCAGAGGAGAGCUGCUAAUUUUACUGGCUAGAACUUGGGACCAUAUAUGCCAAACAGGACUGUACCACAAUCUCCAUUAAUUCAAAGUGUCUUGUGCCAUGGUUCUGGCCUGGGUUUGGAGCUGUCAUCUAAGCAGACCUAUUAGGAAUUCAGUGUUUUCUGAAAUUAGUAGGUCAACUUCCAAAUAAAGUGGCUUAAGACCACAGGGCAAAAGAUGUUCUGCUACUCUUGAAUUUUCAUCUUGUAAACUUGUUUGUUUUUGUAGACCAUGCUUUUUUUCUUCUUAAUAUGAAAGAGUUUGCCUAAAGUAGCAAUAUGUUGUACAGAAAACAAUGCUGGUUGUACAGAAAACAAUGCUGGAAAACAAUAGUGAAGCUGGGUUUUUAAAAAAAAUAGUUCUAUUGUGGCAUAUUUAAAUUGAAGUGCAACUCAAAAUAAAGUUUUUAUUAUCUGUCCCAAAAUAAAUAUUCUGUAAGCUCUGA